AUGCACAUGCUCCUCCCUCAUGCUCGCACAAAAUCUCAACUACUUAGCUCCACCAUACAGAAAAGCAUUAAGAUGAACAUUGGAGCUCUUGUUCCACUCUUUGCAUUUUCCUUUCUUAGUUGUGUGCAUGCACAAGACAGCACCACCCUUGUGCCUGCAAUCAUAACAUUUGGUGAUUCUGCUGUGGAUGUAGGGAAUAAUGACUAUCUUCCCACUAUUUUCAAGGCUAAUUACCCUCCCUAUGGGAGAGACUUUGCUAACCACCAACCUACUGGGAGGUUUUGCAAUGGAAAAUUAGCUACUGAUAUCACUGGUAAAGCAUCAAACUUGCUCCUACUUAGAUUAAAUGCUGACACGUUGGGUUUUAAGACCUAUGCUCCUGCAUAUCUUAGCCCACAGGCAUCAGGGAAAAACCUCCUUAUUGGAGCAAACUUUGCUUCAGCUGCAUCUGGUUAUGAUGAAAAUGCUGCUAUUUUGAAUCAUGCAAUUCCAUUGUCCCAACAGUUAAGUUACUUCAGGGAAUACCAAGGCAAGCUGGCCAAGGUAGCUGGUAGUAAAAAAGCAGCCGCAAUUAUCAAGGAUUCAUUGUACGUGCUCAGUGCUGGCAGCAGCGACUUUGUGCAAAAUUAUUACGUGAAUCCUUGGAUCAACAAAGUAUACACUCCUGACCAGUAUUCUUCCUUCUUAGUUGGUGUAUUCUCAGGUUUUGUGAAGGACUUGUAUGGAUUGGGAGCCAGGAAACUUGGAGUGACUUCACUCCCACCAUUGGGUUGCCUACCUGCUGCAAGGACUUUAUUUGGUUUCCAUGAGAAUGGUUGUGUCUCAAGAAUAAACUCUGAUGCCCAAGCAUUUAACAAGAAGAUCAGCUCAGCUGCAGCAAAUCUUCAAAAGCAACUUCCUGGUCUCAAGAUUGCAGUUUUUGAUAUUUACAAGCCUCUCUAUGACCUUGUUCAAUCCCCUUCAAAAUUCGGUUUUGUGGAGGCAAACAGAGGUUGCUGUGGUACCGGGACUGUAGAGACAACAUCCUUGUUGUGUAAUCCAAAAUCACCAGGAACUUGUUCUAAUGCCACCCAGUAUGUGUUUUGGGAUAGUGUCCAUCCUUCACAAGCUGCUAACCAAGUUCUAGCUGAUGCAUUAAUUUUAGAAGGCAUAAGUCUUAUCACAUAA